UGUCUUUCUCAAAAGAGAAUAUGAUCAAAUUUUAUGUCCACUUAAAUCCCAUGAACACUCAGCCUCGAGGCCAAAAUUCCUCCAAAAAAGGCACCUCUUACCUAAACCAAGACCUUGAACUACCUUUCGACCGGAUCUUCAAAAAUCCUCGUAAAAUUCCCAACAUUUUAUCCCACUCAAAACUCUCCUCUAAAUACAAACCUCGCUCAGUAAACAAAAGACCCAAACUUCAUCCUAAAAACUCCACACACAAAUACCCAAAAAUUCCUAAAAUCUCUUCUAUAACAGAAGUAAGAAGGGAAUCUAGGAAGAGCGAAGAGAGAAUUAAAAGAGUUAUAUUGAACAAAUAUGUAAACCAGCCUUCAGAGUCUGAGAAUCGAAGAAAUGGUGAAGAAUUUACCUACCUUUGUGGAAUGGAAGAGGGGAUUAAGAGGAAAGAACACAAGAAGAGGUCAAGCAAGGAAUCAGGUGAGGCGAAGGAGAGCGAAGGGGAAAUGGAAGUGGGGAAGUUGGAGUCUAGGAAUGAGGAGUGGGUUAAUGAAGGCUGCCAGACAGCAAACUAUGCGACCCCUGCUUGUGAAGCUAUCGAAAGUAGCUACAUUAUCCGGCAUGCUAUAACUAAUCCAAGAUCUCAGCAUUAUAGUAGACAACCUUCAAGUUGAUCAAGAGGGUGUAGCAGGACUACUAAAAACAAUUUUAUAAUCCAAAAACCAUCAGAUAUAGAAGGAGAUCUUUCCAGUCGAAGGAACUGUAUGCCUACUAAAAACAUCAAAUGGUAUUUAACUAAUCAGAUAGCACCCAGUAAAUUAGGGAAGCAUGCAAUAAAUCGGUAUAAAAGGAAUAAUAAAAACAAACUUUCAUCGACCGAUAAAAAUGGGCGAUUUAUAAAAUCAUUAAAGUACAAAUCCAAUCAGAAAUAAGCACAAAAGAUUUGUUGUGAAAGGCUUGCAGUACAAAGACCCUAAAAUCAUCGACAAGAACUGUAAUCUGAACAUGGUUAAGAUCUACAGCCUCUUAAAAGAGAAGCUAAGUAAACGAAUUCAAAGAAGACAGAAGAAAUCCAAAAGGACAUCUCCUGUUUUGGAGUCUUCAGUACGGGAGACUCCUCAAAGAAGUCAGAUAAAGCAAUCCCAGGCGAAACGAUUCCUUCACUUAUCACCUUUUGGAAGAGGAACUCUUACUGGUCUAGUCAGUUAUAAAGGCUCAUUCAGACAGUAA